UCGCCGGCUAAUAAAGUCAGUUUCGGUUGGCCGUGCGCGGUUUCGUCGGGUGCCCGGGUGCUUUUUUUCUCACUUUCGCUUAUUGUCACUGUUUAUUUGACUUUUUAUUUUUUUUUUUCGUUUUGCUCGCGAUCUUCCCGCCGUUCCGCUAUCAGUGAUUCGUGUCUGUGAUUCGUUACUUAAUUACUCCUUACAUGAAAGAUGGUUCAAAUGGAGACGUUCAACAAUUUAAGUGAAUUUUUUAAAGUUCAUCCUGAUCCCCGGACGAUAGACUGGCCCCUUGUUUCAAAUCCGCUCUAUACGCUAGGAAUAUGUUUAUCUUAUGUAUAUACAGUCAAAGUGGUAGGACCAAAAAUAAUGGAGAAUAGGAAGCCAUUUGAACUUAAAUGGACGUUAGUCAUAUACAAUUUAUUACAGGUCAUAUUUAGUACGUGGUUAUUUUACGAGAUCGGUAUGGGAGGUUGGUUUACGGGCGAAUAUAGUCUUAGAUGUCAGCCAGUGGACUACUCGAAUAGACCGAGCACAAUACGAAUGGCGCAUGUGUCUUGGUGGUAUUUUUUUUCUAAAUUUACUGAAUUUUUAGACACGGUUUUCUUUAUAUUAAGGAAGAAGUUCGAUCAUAUCACUACUCUGCACGUGAUACAUCACGGGAUAAUGCCAAUGUCGGUAUGGUUUGGCGUUAAAUAUACUCCAGGGGGACACAGUACCUUUUUUGGACUGUUGAACACAUUCGUCCACAUAGUGAUGUAUUUCUACUACAUGCUUACUGCCUUAGGACCGCAAGUACAAAAAUAUCUGUGGUGGAAGAAGUACCUUACUUCUUUGCAGAUGAUCCAAUUCGUGGCGAUUAUGGUUCACGCGUUCCAGUUACUGUUCAUCGAAUGCGAUUAUCCGCAGGCGUUCGCUUGGUGGAUAGGCAUGCACGCCACCUUGUUCCUGUUCCUCUUCAAGGAUUUCUACGAUCAGGCUUACAAAAAGAAGGAAGCGAGAAAAAUCGCGGCGGUCAAUGGAAAAUUAAACGGUCACAACAGCGGCAACGGGGUCCACAAAGAACACGCCAACGGACACGCCAAAGAAAACGGGACGUCAUAUCAAAAUGGCGUCGGUCACCAAAACGGCAACGCGAAACAGAACGGCGCCUACUUUACCAACGGAUCAGCCGAUCUGCACCAGAGGAUAGUACAACAAAUGUGACAUAUUAGAGUAUGUACUUAGUAUUAAAUUCAAGGACAUUAUACUUAAAAAAUUAUUCAAGUUGAAUAGCGAGAGGGACCAUUUUAGGUAAAGAGAAAUCAGUAAUUCUAUACCGCUAUUUUUAACAAAUAGAAAUUGGGGAUUUGUCCAAGCUUCAGUGUUUUGCAUUCCCCAAAAGCCUUUGGGUUUUUUUAAACGUCAUUUUCGAACAAGAACGUGUUCAAAUUUGUAUUCAUCGCGUAAUGAAAUUUUUUUUAGUUUGUAAACGGCUAACAACAUUUGUUGAAAAUAACAUUAAAGAUAUACUUUUGUUUAAAUCUAGUCUACGUAAGAGUGUUAAGGAUUUACGAUCCAUUCCAGACAUUGUACAUACUUAUCUAAGUCUGUUUCUGGUAACUAACUGGAAAAGGAAUGUAAAGUUUAUAACGGCAUUUUUUUUUUCAAGCUUUUAACUAUUUACGGAUGCAAUGAUCGAGUAACGUAUGUAAAUAAAUAAACGUCGUCAUUUUGGCCGGUGACGGUGUAUGCAAAAUCAUUGCAAAUCAGACAGAUAAGAGUGAAUGUGUGCGAUUUGUCAUUGAAAUUUCCCAGUCAGUUACUCAGAAUUUCCAAGGCUUGUGUCUCGUAGAGUCUAGCGUGUAACUAUAAUUUUUGUAAUGUUUUAGGGUGCUAAAUGAAUUAUUGUAGUUUGUAAAUUAUCGAAGUUUUAUAGGAAACAUUUUUUAAAGAAAUAUUUAUAGAAAAUUGUUGGAGUGGCCCUAAGUCAUAAUUUGUUAUAUGGUAAUUUUUUUUUGUAUAGUUUCUUGUUGUAAUUUAAAAUAUUUUUAAUAAACUCUCC